AGCUGAAUUAGGUGUGAGCCGGGAGCCAGUCUGUGGAAAGAUUUCACACAGAGGAUUUAAUUUUUGGAGAGUUUUUAUCUUGGCCUUUGGAAAAAAUCAUAUUUAGCACUAAGUUUAUCUCCUUCUAAGUUGUGAUUUCAUUAAAUUAUCCUAACUGUUAAAAAGUAGUUGUAUAUACCUGUAUAGUCUUUUGUUGUGCUGUUGUGGGUAUUAAAGUGAUAGAGAAGGAUGGACUAGAGAAGGGUGGCCUACUCCUUUAACAUCCAAAAAAGAGAGCUGCGUUCAGAAGCUGCUGGAUGUGACUGGGGCAAAAUAAAUGGAGAUUCAUGAUGGAGUUAGUUAAGAACAGGGAAAAGCAGACAGCACUGAGGAGAAGAUUCAGAAGGCAUACAGUCUACAGUUUCACUUCCCCAAUACAUUAGAAGAUGCUGACUGUUGAAAGCGGGAAGUUGAUGUAAAUUUUUGUCAAUGAUCCUCUUAGAAUGUGGCCCCUAAAACUUGCCUAAUAAGCCACAAAAGGUGAGGAAAACGCAGGCUAAGUGAGUAUAUGCCAAGAUUCGUUGGUCUACAAAUAAUUAUGUUUGCAUGUGGAUGCGCACAAAUACUUGAAUUUUAUUCUUGCUGGUGAGUUCAGAGAAGAGAUACUAAGGAUUUUUUGAAGAGAGCAGACAAUCUCAAUAUGACUUCAGAGAUCACUUAUGCUGAAGUGAGCUUCAAAAAUGAAUCUACGUCUUUAGGCACCAAAUCAGAGCCUCCUGCAGCUCCCAAAGAGAAGACCAGCCUUCACAAAAGUAACCCUGGUUUUCCCAAGGCACUCUUACCCUCAUUGCUGAUACUUCUGCUAUUAUUGGCAAUCUCAUUUUUUAUCGCUUUUAUCAUUUUUUUUCAAAAGUAUUCUCAGCUUCUUAAAGAAAAAAAGGCUAUAAAAGAAGUUAAUCACACAGCAUUGGAAUGUAUGAAAGAAAAUUUGACCAUGGAAGAGAGAGAUUGGAGCUGCUGUCCAAAGAAUUGGAAGCCAUUUAGUUUGAACUGCUACUUUAUUUCUACUGACACCAAAAAUUGGACGGAGAGUAAAAACAGCUGCUCAGCAAUGAAUUCUCACCUGCUGGUGAUCCACACCAAGGAAGAGCAGGAUUUUAUCAUUCAGAACCUGGAUAAAAGCAAAGAGUAUUAUCUGGGGUUGUUAGACCCAGAGGGUAACGGAGACUGGCGGUGGGUUGAUCAGACACCAUACAAUGCAAAUGCCACAUUCUGGCAUCCAGGCGAACCCAAUAAUCAGUGGGAGCGCUGUGUUAUGCUGAAUAAUCCUUCACAGAGAUCGUGGGGCUGGAAUGAUGUUUCUUGUGUGGGACCUCACAGGUCAAUUUGCAAGAUGAUGAAGAUCCACUUAUGAGUGGGAAAUUCUCCAUGAACAUGCAAUUGAAUUAGAAGCCACAAAUAAAGAGUUAAAAAAUUUUCUUUUUAGAAUUCAUGUGUAAGCUUGUGUAAGUGAUCUCCAGAGAAUUUUCCAAUAGGCUGUUACCUAUUCAACUUAUAUAAAAUAAGUGUACAUAUUAAUUCAUGUAUUCAUUCACACAAUGAACGCCUAUUUUAUAGUAGACUGUAUACUGGAGAGCCUAUUCGCAGACAAAUGGAGGGAGCAUGAGCCUCCUCCCCCAAUUUUUGUCUAAUUGUUAAGGAUUUAUCAGGUGUGGGAAAAGUCCGGCCCACAGGCCAUAUAAGGCAUCUUAAAUCAUUUGGUCUGGCCCUGCCAAGGCAUUAAGGGGUGAGUUAAUUAAAUGUUUGACACAUUUAAUUAUGUUUAAAUACAGCAAGCUUAUUUUUAAGUUGAUAAUUUUAUAUGGCCC